UCCUAGGCAUCUCUUCCCUCCAUCAUCACAGGACAGGUGACCUUAAAAAAGGAACACUAAGAAGGGGACCAGGCUGAGCCAGGGCCCUUUGUUGAGCAGGAUCUUACGCCCUUGCCAAAAUAUACACCUCCCCCUGACACACACACUCACAUCGCCAGGAAGUUCCAAGCGGUGUCCUGGGAGGGGCCUGGAGGGGCUGCGAAUCGGCCCCUCCCUGCCCACUGAGCAGCCCAGGGCAGUUAUAAAAUGGGCCCAAGCUGGGUCGGAGCACCUGCGGCCAUUACCAUGAAGUUCCCCAGUGCUCUGCUGGUGCUCGGGGCUGCCCUGCUCCUGACCUCAGGGGGAAAUUGUGGGAUAUGCCCACUCAUUGAAAAGGACCUUGAGCUUUUUCUUUUGGGGUCUUCAAGUGACUAUAUGGCAUUCGUGAAAAAUUACCAGCAUAAUGGCUUGGUACUGGACGCUGCUAAAGUUCUGAAGGACUGUGUGGAUAAUCAAUUGACAGAGGAAGCAAAGCAACAUGCACUUGAUUUUUUGAAAAAGAUAUUUGCAAGUGAUCAGUGUUGAUCACUUGCCAGGAAGAUUCAAGGAAGCCACUUGCCUGUUCACCUGCACAGGUGCAGCAAACCCUUACCCCUACCCUCCAGGUGUCUGAAAACAGGAACCCGA